AUGUCUUCGAAAAAGCAAGUUUUCGACGAGGCAGUAAAACUGUACCAAGAACUGUCGCAAGAAUUCAAAGGCAAAAGCGGCCAGCCAAAUCUCGAGCAAUGCGGAAAUAUUCUUUCAAAGCUGAAAAUUCUCCUCACUAAACUCACCUUUCUCCCGGCAGAAGAAACUUCAAACGCUCAAAAGGAAUUAACCCUGGCCCGCGAUGUGAUCGAACUGGGAGCGCUGUACUCCGUCGCAACUCGUGAUAUUCCCGCUUUCAAGAAAUACAUGCAGCAAUUGAAGGCCUACUACUUCGACUACAAAGACAUGCCCAAGUCCUACUUUCGCAGCCAGCUCUUGGGACUCAACCUUCUCUGCCUUUUGGCUCAAAACAACGUAGCUGAGUUCCAUACUGAAAUCGAGCGUCUGACAUAUGAUGAAAUGCAAAAUGAUCUGUACAUCAAGCACCCGAUCAAGAUUGAACAGUAUUUGAUGGAAGGCAACUACAAUAAGCUUUUCCUUGCUAAAUCGAACAUCCCGUCUGAGUCGUACAGCUACUUCAUCGAAAUCCUGUUGAUCACAGUCCGAGAAGAAAUCGCCUCUUGUCUCGAAAAGGCCUACAAAGACAUGUCUACAAACGAAACUCAGAGACUCCUUCAUUUGGCCUCUGAAAAGCAGCUUCAGGAAUUCGCGGGAGAGCGAAACUGGGAUAUGGACGCAAAACUCGUGACGUUCCCACGUGAAGAAGUAAAGGACAGCAUCCCGGCCAAGGACAUGACGAAAAUGAUGCUCGACUACGCCUGCGAGUUGGAAAUGAUCAUCUAA